GAGAGAGAGAGAGAGAGAGAGAGAGAGAGAGAGAGGAAGCCAGAUCGAGCGGCAACUCCCAGCCCAGGCUGCAAGAGAAGGAGGCGGGAGCGGGAGAGAGCGGGCGCGCGCGAGGGCGAGCCGUGCACGGGAAGAAACUGACACCCGGACCCCCCACUUCUCCUGCACAGUGCUGGCAAUCAGAUCGCGUUUAAGCAAUUUCCUGAGCCCAAGAAUAGCAAUGAGUCGGGAGACUUUGGCGGACUGAAAUUGGGAGCUGCAAUCACUCCCCAGGUUUUGUGUCUGUGGUGUUUUUUGUUUGUUUGUUUUUUGUUUUGUUUUGAUUUUUCCUUUUCCUGGAGGAAAGUUGGGGGGCGCUACAAUUGGGAAAGAGCUUUUUGUUUGUUUGUUUUUUAAUCUUGCACUUUGAAACCGCGGACUGUGGCAGUGUGCGCUCUUGUGUCCGGAGAGUUUCGUCCACCGCUUCCUACCUCCUCCCCUCCACCCCGUGCCCGGCUCCGCCGCGCAGAGGAUGGUGUGGAAAUGGCUGGGCGCGCUGGUUGUGUUCCCUCUGCAAAUGAUCUAUCUGGUGACCAAAGCAGCCGUGGGACUGGUGUUGCCCCCCAAGCUUCGGGACCUGUCCCGGGAGUCAGUCCUCAUCACCGGCGGUGGGAGAGGCAUCGGGCGCCACCUCGCUCGGGAGUUCGCAGAGCGUGGCGCCAGAAAGAUUGUUCUCUGGGGCAGGACUGAGAAAUGCCUGAAAGAGACAACAGAAGAGAUUCGGCAGAUGGGCACAGAGUGCCACUACUUCAUCUGUGAUGUGGGCAACCGGGAAGAGGUAUACCAGAUGGCCAAAGCGGUCCGAGAAAAGGUGGGUGACAUCACCAUCCUGGUGAACAAUGCCGCUGUGGUCCAUGGAAAGAGUUUGAUGGACAGUGAUGAUGAUGCCCUCCUCAAGUCCCAGCACGUCAACACCCUGGGCCAAUUCUGGACCACCAAGGCCUUCUUGCCACGUAUGCUGGAGCUGCAGAACGGCCAUAUCGUAUGCCUCAACUCCGUGCUUGCGCUGUCCGCCAUCCCUGGUGCCAUCGACUACUGCACGUCAAAAGCAUCGGCCUUUGCCUUCAUGGAGAGCCUGACCUUGGGGCUGCUGGACUGUCCUGGUGUCAACGCCACCACCGUGCUGCCCUUUCACACUAGCACCGAGAUGUUCCAGGGCAUGCGAGUCAGGUUUCCCAACCUCUUCCCGCCGUUGAAGCCAGAGACAGUAGCCCGGAGGACGGUGGAAGCCAUUCAACAAAACCAGGCCCUUCUCUUGCUCCCGUGGACCAUGAAUAUCCUCAUUAUUUUGAAAAGCAUACUCCCACAGGCUGCCCUGGAGGAGAUCCACAGGUUCUCAGGGACUUACACCUGUAUGAACACCUUUAAGGGGAGGACAUAGAGGCAGGAGGAAGACACACCUGAGGAGCCACGGAGCCUGAGGGGAGCCACAAUACCCGGGCACACACUGAUGUGCCUGUGCAUUGGCAUGUCGGCUGGGUGAGCAGGACCGUUCCUGUCCCCAGGGAAGAAUCUGCAGCUCCCAGGUCAACUCCAGGACCUUUGUGCAGGACUGAUGUGUUUAACUCUGACCCCCAUGGGGAGCCAAGACGCCAUUCAGCAGCCACCUGACAAUUGUGUACAUUUCUCAUUCUGUAGGGUUUCUUGUUCAAUUGCUUCUCCAGUCUGACCCACCUGAGCAGUGUGCAUCUAGGAUUUCCAGGAGAGUCUGCCCACAGACACUCUGCCUUCCCCUCUGAAACCCCUUCACCCUCAGCUCCUGCAAACUGGCUAACCAGCAGUAACGCAAAUAAAGAGGUGGCUUGGGCA